AUGGUGAAGCACAACAACGUGGUUCCCAAUGCUCACUUUCACAAGGACUGGCAAUCUUAUGUAAAGACCUGGUUCAAUCAACCAGCUCGCAAACAACGCCGACGCAAAGCAAGAAGCUUAAAGCUGGCAAGAUCAGCACCAACUCCUCUCAAAACUUUAAGCGGAGCAUGCUUUUUUUCGAAAAAUUUAAAUAAAAUAUAAAAAUUUUAAAAUAAAAUACGAAAAAAUAUUUUUAAUAAAAAUUUUCGGUUUAUUAUUCUAGAAACUUUAAGGCCAAUAGUUCAUGGUCAAACAUUGAGAUAUUCAGCCAAAGAAAAGCAAGGAAGAGGAUUUUCUCUUGAAGAACUCAAGAAAGCUGGCCUUACCGCACAAUUUGCCAGAACGAUUGGAAUAAAGGUUGACCACAGACGAAGAAACAAGAGUGCAGAAACCUUACAAAAGAAUGUACAAAGACUUGAACUUUUUAAGUCAAAGCUCACUCUUUACCCACUCAAGGCAGGAAAACCAAAGAAAGGCUUAGUUAAUGACGCAGUCAGUGCAUAA